AUCCAAGGCAAUCACAGCACAGGACAAAAGUUUGGGAGCAACGAUAUGUAGACGCACACACGGCACACUUUCCCACCGACUUCUUGUUUGCCUGUGUGCGACCGGCUGAGUCCCAUCAAUUGUGUAUAAAAGUGAGACGGGCUGCACUGAGGGCAACACAAGGAGAAGACCGAGGCGCUUCAGCCAGGAAAGAAGUGCCGAGAGAAAGACACAGUCUCUCUCUCUCAACACACUCCACCACCACCGCCGCCGCCGCCACCACAGCCGCGCCCGGAUCACAUCCUCCAGCACAGCCGCCUCUCUCUGCUUCCCUGCUAUAGCAUGGCCAGUUCGAGUAAAGCGACUUUAAUCUUGCUCAUCUACGGAAUCUUAAUGCACUACAGCGUCUUCUGCACACCUAUCGGACUAAGUUACCCUAAGAUUAGACUUGAAAACGACGCCUUCGAUGAGGAUGGGAAUUCGUUAUCCGACAUGGGUUUUGAUAGCGACCAGAUUGCUAUACGAAGCCCACCAUCCUUAAACGACGACGCGUACACUCUUUACUACCCACCGGAGAAGAGACCAGAAAGGCAUGCUGAGGAAGAAUUAGAUAGAGCCUUGAGGGAGAUCCUGGGUCAGUUAACUGCGAGACAUUAUCUGCAUUCUCUGAUGACAAUUCGUGCAGGUGAUGACAACAGCAUGGAAGACGAGUCAGAGCCCUUAUCCAAAAGACAUUCAGAUGGGAUCUUCACUGACAGCUACAGUCGCUAUAGAAAGCAGAUGGCCGUGCAGAAAUACCUGGCAGCGGUUCUGGGUAGAAGGUACAGACAGAGAGUCAGGAACAAAGGACGCAGACUUGCCUAUUUGUAGCGUUGUUAAAGCGCCCAAACUGCCCUCCUGUGUAUAUACAUCCAGUCGUUAAAUCAAAGUCAUUCAGAUAUACCUGACCAACCAGUGGAUUGCGCCUGUGUUCUUUCAACAUGUAUUUAUGUAUGAAGUAAAGCCAUUAAAAUGAAUAUUUUAAUAAUAAUAUCGUUUUUUUUUCUUUUUGUACAAAAGCACUUGAUACCGCACAGUUGUGGACCAAUAUUUUAUUUUUCAUGUUAAGAUGUUGAAAACAGAACAAAAUGGCAUAAAAAAAAGAAGAUGAAGAAGAAGAAGAAAUCAGAAAAAAAAGAUAAUUGUGCACCUUCAACGUUAUGCGCUUGAAAUCUUUAAAGGUCAUCUACAUAUGCAGAAAAUAAAUAGAUUUUAAAAAGACAAUCAAAGUAUUGAAUGUUAUACUUAUUUUUGUAACCAACGUUCUAUUUUUUUAGUGUUGUUUUGUUUUCCAAAACAGGCCCAAAGAAGCAGUGAGCAUGCUAUGUGAGGCAUAUCCUAAAUGAUAGAUGUUGCCCCUGUCCCACCCGCCCCUUCCCCUUCUCCACGCUCUCCCUUAAUGGGGGAGCUGCGUGGGUUUUGUGCGGCCUGCUGCCCCCCCGGGGGAAGCUCGGAGGGGAUUCUGCUGUUCAGCCUCUCAUUUGAUGGAUAGCUGAUUGACUUACACAGUCACUCCUGUAACUGGUGGCGCAAUUUAACCUUCUUUCAAACGACAACAACAAAAAAAAAAGACAAGAGAAAAGAAAAGAAAGAAAAGUCCACUGCAGGGCCUCUGCAAGGGCACCACAGCUUCACCGCUUUACUAAAGACAAAGGAAGCACUCAAGUUGCCGUUCGACAGUAUGCAGAAAACACUGCUUGCUCACUUGCCUCAGAGUCGCUCACAGUGGGAGACAGCUCGUGCUCUGUAGGACUGUGCAAAAGAAUGUCCCAUGCGUGUAUGUAACCGUGUGUGUGCGUGUGUUGCGUACAGUGUAGAACCUAGGUGCACAUCGUUCAUCCCUACGCCGUCCGCGUUCAGUCAGCAGAGUUGCUCGGAAGAAUGUGCCCCAACUGUUGAUUGUUGUGUUGGGCAGCUCUGCGGACGCACGUGUAAGGAGCAUGUGGAGGAGGGUGACAGGAGGUGGAGAGGGAAGGUAGCAUCAGUCAGGAAUAUUUAAAGUCUUAAUUUAUCGGCGCAUGUGAAAACUGACACCUCGCUAAGAUUUUUGCUUAUAUGCAUGCCACAGUGUGUUUUUUUUUUGUUUUGUUUUUUCGUUUUUUUUUUUCUGCUUUUUGGGAAGGUGCACUAAGAAUACUUUCAGCACCACCUCCCCCAGAUGUUUAGAGGUGGAGAUGUGAACGAGGCGAGGAGGGCUAGAUGCGGUGGAAACUGGUACUGCACUGACUUGUUGAGUUAUUAUCACCUCCCCUGCUGCUGCUGCUGCUGAUGAUGAUGUUGUUGCUGUUGCUGUUGUUGUUGUUGUUGUUGUUGUGGAUAUCAUAGGAUAAGACACUGGAAACCCCACACUCUCCUUUCUGCUAAACCGCCUCCGUCCUGUUUUUGUUUUUAGUUUUUUACCAUUUAUUCAUUUGUUUUCGCUUCCAGAUAGAUCGCCACGCUGAAGCUGCUGAUUUGAUAGUGGUUGUGGUUGUUGACCGUUUAGACGAAGCAGGUGUGUGCGUUAGGUGUGAAGUGCGAGAGGAGGACGAUGAUGAGGAGGAUGAGGAGGAGAGUGUCAGGUGAGGAAGAGCGAGCACUGAAGGGAGGAUUAGAAAGGCAGAGAGUGUGCGAGAGAAGGAAAGCAAAGCAGGCUGUUGCAUAAGAGCCAGAAGGAGGGGCGACGUGCACACGUCGAUGUAUAGGAAGCCCCCAAGAGAUGGAGUGGCAGCGCCUCCGCUCACCUGCCACAGCAAGAUCAGGGUCAAUGAGUCUGAUAAGAAACAUAUCGGAUGUUGAAUUCCCUCCUCUUUAGCUCCAGUGAGUGAAUCCGGACGAGGCCACUCCGAGAGCAUUCCCUCUCCCAUCACAGAGCAGAGGGGAAUGAAAAAAACCACAGCCCCUCCAGCACAGGGGCAUUCCCUCUGACUUUUAUUAGAGAGACAUCUUAUGUAUUUAUUCAAUGUUAUGCAAAUGCAGCUUUAUGCACCUCUGCAAUCUAAUCAGUGGCCUGUGCCCCCCCCCCCCUCAAAAAGAAACUAUCAAUCCACUCCUUCCUUCAAUCGGGCUUUAUCCUGCAGGCUUUGUGUGAAUGUGUGUGAAUGGAUGUGGAUGUUUGGGUGUCGUGUGUGUGUGUGUGUGUGUGUGUGUGUGCGUGUGUGUGUGGGUGAGCGCGCGCAUUUAAUGUUUCGAGUGACUGAAAGCGCGCGUGGAGGUGGAACCAGCUUCUGGCUUCGGUGCCUUGCUUUGACGUGAGAAAAAAAAUAAAAAAAUAAAUAAAAAAAAAAAGAAAAGAAAAAAAUUCGCCACAAGUGACAGAUGGCAAUUUUAGUGGCCCUACAAUGCUGCAGUCCAUUAGCUUACAUCGAGACUUCCUUUUACUCUGUUGAAUCGCUCGGCUUAGUCUGCCCCCUAAGAGUAGUAGUAGAAUUAGGCUUUCUUUUGAAGCAUGGCCAAUGGUUUGUUGAGUGGAAGAAAAAAUAAAAAAACAUAAAAAACUAAGAAAAGAAUGUAUAUGUUGAUGGAGCAGGCAAAUGUGUGUGAGUGUGUGUGUGCGUUUUCUGUGCGCGUGCGUGCAUGAGUUUGGGGUGUUCAGUGUCCGUGAGAGUCGUGAACAAUGACCAGUGUUUGUUAUUGUUGAUUAUGAGGUGUUGUCGUUGAUUAUUUUGAUAUUGGUCAGUAAUUUAUUAAUCAGAAGAAGAAGAAAAAAAAUAGCCCCUACAUAUUCUUUACCACUAUGUGCAUCCACUAUCUAUCUAGAAUAAAAAGGGUUUCAGAACAUAACAGAGAUGUUGUGCAGAUCAUAGAAAAUGCCUGUUGUUGAUAUUUCUGAAAGCGCCCAACGCCUUACUUCAAUGUUUAAUCUCUUAUCUAUCUGAAAACUAUGUGUUUUAAAAGUGAACCUUAGUACAAGUGACAUCGUUAUACACACAGGAGUCCUUAUAUGGGGUUUUACGUUGCUCAAUGUCAUGAAAGUGUUGUAAGAUUUGUAUGAAUAAAUUUUUGUAAACAACAACA